UCGUGCUGUGGAACUGCGCGGUUCACGUAUCAGCCGCAUGAAAUUGUUUUUCGCUGCGAUUGCUCUAGUUGAACCUUGGAGGUAUUUCGAACAGCACUCUUCGCCUACCGAGGCGCAAGAUCGUAGUUCAGUGCAAAAUUAGAAGUGGUUUAAAAAUAAAAAGUUCUCAGUACCUGUGAUUUAUAAAAUUACAAUAUUUACGUUCAGUGCAGAUUUUAAAUUAAUCUUCAAAAAUGUUCAGCUCGAUUGCAGACAAAAACCUUGGAGCCUUCCGAAGCAUCGGAGAGAAGACAGCGUCGCUCUUCGAGCGCAAGAAGAAGGAUGUAGAACAGGUGGCUUCGGAGAAGGCUCAGGACGCCGCCCACGUCGUGGAAGACCAGGUCAAGAAGGCCGGCGAGCUGGUCGGUGGAGCGCAGUCGUCUGCCAAUGACGCGGCGAGCUCAGCGAACGCCGCCAAGAACUCCGCCAUCGAUGCCCUGGACAAGGAGCUAUCGAAGGUGUCCCUGGCGGCUGGAGAGGCGCAGGACGCUGCCAACCGAGCCGUGGCCGAUGGCAAGAAGGUCGUCGACACUGCUAAAGAUACAAUUGCAACAACCGUAGAUAAUACCAAAAAAUCAGCAGAGGCGGCAGUCAACGCAGCUAAAGAGACCCUAUCGAGCACAGUAGACACCACACAAAAAGCCGCACAGAGCGCCCUCGACACUGGCAAAUCGUACGCCACUAGUGCCAAAGAUACCGUUUCAAGCACAAUCCAAAGCACUGUAGAUACAACACAAAAGGUAGCCCAAACGGCUGUGGAAACAGGCAAAACUUAUGCUACAUCCGCAAAAGAUACAGUAUCGAACACUGUCCAGAAGACAGUGGAGGGUACUAAAAAUAUUACACAAAGCGCUGUUGAUAAGAGCAAAGCUUGUGCCGCCAGCGCAAAAGAUACGGCCCAGCACACGCUCCAAAGUGCCAUGGACACGUCAAUGAGCUAUGCAUAUUCGGCUUAUGAUAUCGGCAAAUCCUAUGUUGAUAGCGCUAGAGAUACAGUAUCAUAUACUGUAGACAAUACUAAAAAAGCCGCAGAAAGUACGAUCGAAACCGGUAAAACAUACGUCGAUUCAGCCAAAGAUACUAUUCAGAGUACUGUACAUAGCACUGUAGAUACAACAAAGCACGUUGCUCAAUCUGCACUAGAAAAAGGGAAGGGUUAUGUUGAUAGUGCCAAAGAUACAGUAGCGAGUACGGUAGAUACGACCAAAAAAACAGCAGCGGCCGCGGUAGAGACAGGCGUAUCAUAUGCCGGUGCCGCUAAAGACACAAUUGCAAACACUGUCAGUAGCACAGUAGAUGUGACCAAAAAUGUAGCCGCUUCAGCAGUAGAAAAGGGAACCUCAAUUGUAGGAAGUGCUAAAGGUACUGUUGUCAAUACUGUAGAUGCAACUAAAACAGCGGCAGCUACGGCUGUUGAAACGGGAUCUUCGUAUUUAGCCAGUGCUAAAGAUACUGUUGCAAAUACUGUUCUUAACACAGUAGACACAACUAAAAAUGUAGCCGCAUCUGCUGUGGAAACAGGCACUUCUUAUUUAGGAAGUGCAAGGGAUAAUGUCGCAAACACAGUUCAUAGUACUGUAGAUGUAACAAAGAAUGCCGCGGCUUCCGCCAUUGAAAAGGGUUCAGCCUUAGUCGGAAGUGCUAAAGAUACCGUUACCAGUACUGUAGAUGCUUCCAAAAAUGCAGCCGCGUCUGCGGUUGAAACGGGCACUUCGUAUUUAGGAAGUGCUAGAGAUACUGUAGCAAACACAGUCCAUAGUACUGUAGACGUAACAAAGCAUGUAGCGGCGUCAGCUGUUGAAAAGGGCUCAGCGUUAGUAGGAAGUGCUAAAGAUACCGUUGCCAGUACUGUAGAUGCUUCCAAAAGUGCAGCCGCUUCUGCGGUUGAAACGGGCACUUCGUAUUUAGGAAGUGCUAGAGAUACUGUAGCAAACACAGUCCAUAGUACUGUAGACGUAACAAAGAAUGUAGCGGCGUCAGCUGUUGAAAAGGGCUCAGCGUUAGUAGGAAGUGCUAAAGGUACAAAUUAUUCAACUGUAUCAUUACACUACAUGAAUUUGUUUUUUAUUCUUCAUAUCAUUACAUUUAUAAUCAUAUUUGUAGAUACCGUUGCCAGUACUGUAGAUGCUUCCAAAAAUGCAGCCGCUUCUGCGGUUGAAACGGGCACUUCGUAUUUAGGAAGUGCUAGAGAUACUGUAGCAAACACAGUCCAUAAUACUGUAGACGUAACAAAGAAUGUAACGGCGUCAGCUGUUGAAAAGGGCUCAGCGUUAGUAGGAAGUGCUAAAGAUAAGGUGGCCAACACAGUCCAUAGUACUGUAGAUGCAACAAAAAAUUUAACAACAUCUGCCAUUGAAAAGGGCACAUCGUAUGCAGGCGCUGCUAAAGAUAGCGUAGCGAGUACAAUUUCUAGUACAGUAGACGCUACUAAACACGUCACGGCAUCUGCUGUUGAGACCGGUUCCUCAUUUGUAGGCAGUGCCAAAGACACCCUUGCAAGUACUGUAGAUGCAACCAAGAAUGCGGCGGCGUCCGCUGUUGAAAAGGGAACGUCUUUAGUAGGAAGUGCUAAAGAUACCGUAGCAAGCACAGUACAAAGCACUGUAGAUACGACUAAGAGCUUUGCCGGUAACGUGGUGGAUAAGGGAUCGUCGCUUAUUGGAAGCGCGAAAGACCUAACAAGCUCGAUUUAUAACACUGAAAAUACUGAGGUUUCUUCAGAGGACGUAGUAGAAGACACUAAUGAUGGAAUCCAAAGCAAAUUCAGCUCUACAAAGGCUACUGAGGCGGCGGAGAGUUGCAAGAAAGUCGCAGAAGAUACGACUGACACGAUCCACUCGACGGUAGACAGCACAAAGAAGGCGGCAGAGGAGGCCAGAGCACAGGCAGCGAAGGCCGCCGAAGACGCGAAGGAGAAGGCCCGAAAGGCCGCGGAGGCCGCUGCUGCUGAGGCCAAGAGGGCUGCCAACGUAGCGAUGGAAGAAUCCAAAAAAGCAGCCGAAAAAGCCGCAGCGGACGCCAGCAACGCCGUGAACAGCACUGUCGACAACACGCUGAAGCGAGUGGAGGCCGCCGCCGACGAGGGCAUCAAGAACGCCGGACACGUCGUCGACGCCAAGAUCAAGGACGCCGACAAAUACCUCAGCGGCAAGCGCGACGUGCUGGCAUCGAACCUAUCGACGGCAGUGCAUGACGGCUCUGAAGGCGCCGCCGGUCUGCUGAGCAAGGGUCUCGCCGCCUUCCCCAAAUAAAGCAACAAGCGGGCUCCCGCCACGUGUACCUGCAUUCAAGCUCCGUUCUACUGGAAUCGCUAAAUCACAGUCCAUAGAAGUGUCAGCAUCAGCCUCCAUAGACAUUUUUUUGUUUUUCUUAUCAUGUUUCACAAGCCUCGUUCGAAGGGUGAUUCUUUCAUGCAACUCUGCUGCAUGUAUUUACAUUUUGACUUAAAAUGGGUUAUAUGAUGUGUUCCUUCUUUUUCCUGUUGCCAUUGUGUAGGAUGCAGCAGAAAAAUUGUGUUAAACAUGUCUCAUUUCUGAUAUGUUUUUGCCUUGCAUCUUAUCCAGAAUCAUAUUCAUACGAUUUUUUUGGUAACAGAAUUUCCAAAAUUCAUAAAGUUUAUAUGACAAAAAAAACGUAAUCUAUCUGUAACAUAAUUUUCGUUCUCUAGUUGUUUAUUAUUUUAUAUUUUUCAACUGCUGGUACAAUUAGUUUUAAGUUACCUAAUAUUAAAUUAAUUUAAGUUUUACUCAAUACGUGUUAUUAUUAUAGUAGAACAAACCUUAUAUAUUACUACACAAUGCAUUUAAAUUGCGUUUUUUAUAUAUUUUCUUUAAAGAAAUAUUUGACAUCUUUUUACAAUAUUUAAUGUCUUAAUAUUGACAAUAUUAUCUAAGUCACAAUGUAAUCUCAGUUUUUUUGUUGUUUUCAUAGCAAUAUUCUAUAAUUUAUGCUAUGUAUAGUGUAAGUUAUUAUAGGAUCUGUAUUGAACGUAUAUAUACCAUGCCUAUUUAAUUUGAGCGCCGUGCUUUGCUUGAAACCGUCCAGCAGCCUUAUACAACAAUAAAGUAACAAAAACAAUACAAAGAACUGUACAUUUACUUAAUGAUAUAUAAUAAUAUAUGUUUUAAACAUCGUCUGCUUAGCAGCUGCUAUCUUUUAGACAUCAGAUUGUACAACAGUUUAGAUAUAUUGUACAUUGCUGUACUUUUAUAUAUUUUAUUGACAGACAUAAUAUAUUUUAUUGUUGCCUAAUGUACAUUACAGUUAAAUUAUUAUAUUAAUGCACGAAAAAAUAUUACACUUUCUCAUACACAUGAGGUAUAUUUUACUGUUAACAAUUUCUUUAUUGUCUAUUAUCAACUUAUCAGUGUCGUAAUAAAUAAAUUACCAC